CUGAUUGGCUGAAUCCUGGAGUAAACACGGAAGUGGUUCCUAGCGUUUCUCCGCGGUCUUUGAAUCAAACAUGAAGAUUUAACUCGGGUUUAACCCGAUUCAGUUUUUCUCCCGGGUGUUUUUCGGGUCUGUUUAGGUGGAGCAGCCUUUAACGCUAUAAACGCAGCGGUGUGUGGAGGCAGUCUCUUCUCCCCAGUCAUGUCCGGCGUCGCUCACGUCCGUGGUGAAGUGGGCGGGGGGGCGGCGGCCCACCUCCAGUGUCCCCACUGUGGCCACUUCUCCAGCAGCCACGCCCACCAGCUGUCCCACAUGGCGGCGACCCACCCCGCCCUCCUGGACGGCAUGGCGGUGGGUCGCCUCGGCAACAUCCUGAUGUACCAGGGCGGCGCUCGGCUCUUCCACUGCUUCGACUGCUUCUACACCAGCCGAGAGUUCAGCAAACUCUACAAGCACAUCAUCUCCAAACACUGCACGGACCCGCGCAGGGAGGAGGGGGCCCACGGGGGCGAGAAGGCGGAGGACGAGGAGGAGGAGGAGGAGGAGGCGGGGGAGGAGGUGAAGGAGGUGAAAGCCAGCGUGGAGCGGGAGAAGAGUGUCCUGACGUUCGACGGCGUCGGGUUCCGCUGUCUGAUCUGUGGCUGGAAGAACAAGAUGAAAGCUCUGAGCAUCAAGCACGUGGUCCAGAAACACGACAUCCCCAAGGCCUACGCCAGCCAGGCCAUCCGACGGGAGGUGCAGGAGGAGGAGGAGGUGGUGGUGGUGGAGGAGGAGGAGGCGGGGGACAAGGAGGAGGGGCGGGGCAAGGAGGAGGAGGCGGCGGCGGCGGCGCUGGCGGUGGCGGCGGCGGCGACUCCCGCGGUCGGGCUGAGCGGGGAGAUGCUGAGGGAGGAGGCGGAGGCCAUGGCCAAGGUGGUGCGCUUCAUCUCCAACCGGUUCGUCUGCCUCAUCUGUGGCUGGAAGACCAAACUCAAAGGUUUCGCCAUCAGCCACUUGGUGCGUUUCCAUGACGUUGAGCGUCCCUACCACUGUAAGGACUGUCCCCGGACCUUCUUCCUGCCCAGCCGGCUGCAGCAGCACGUCAGGACGUCCCACCGUCCCGGACGCUACGCUUGUCCCUUCUGCUGCUUCAGGUCCCACUUCCUGGGAGGCUUCAGGAGACACUGCAGCCGCUGCAACGCCCGGGAGGAGGGGGACGGAGACGGAGGGGACAGGAGAGGAGGAUGGGUGAAGGAGGAGGAGCAGGAGGAGCAUGAGGAGGAGGGACAGGAGAGGAAGGAAGUCAGAGGAGCGAGGAAACGAAGGAGGACGAGGAGGGCGGUAGAAGAAGAGGAGGAGAACCAGGAGGACCAAGAGGACCAGGAGGACUGAUUUGGUUUCCAUGGACACAGACUCAGGCUGAUGAACCUUUGUGUCUUUAACUGUUUAGUGACAGUGACAGGUCUGGACGUGGCAAGAAAGGGGCGGGGCUGGACUGGAUGUGUCAGGAAAGGGGCGGGGCUGGACUGGAUGUGUCAGGA